AUGGCCUCCGACUUUCCCCCCGCCCCGCCGCCCAUGCACCGAGUUCGCAUCGCCGUUUACUCAGAUGUGCCACGCUUGGCCACCGUGGCAAUCGCUGGACGCUCCCACGUACUCGGUCUCCACUUUGAACACCUCAGCCGCAUUAACUACCCUCGAGACAUGUACCGUUCGCGCGCCCACAUGUUUGCCAACUUCAUCACCAACCCCCAGUACAUCGUCCUGGUCGUGCUUGGCAAGUACAAGCAGCAAGAGGAUAAGAAGGUGUCCACACACCCGGUGCCCCAUGAUCACGGUGCCGAUGAUUACGAGCUCCUUAAGAAGCUGGAUACGGGAACAAUUGUAGGAGCAGUAGGAGGCCAAGUCAUUGUCGGAGUUAUGGUUUGGAAACUGCCGCCUUGGUCGCCCCGCAUCGGACAGUUCUCCUCGAUCCCACCGCCACCAAACACCCCAGUCUAUUUUGACGGCGAUCAGGACAGGGACAGAUACAUCGACCAAAAAGCUCCGAGUCUGCGGUGGCUCCGCCGCGCAAUCCAGAGCCUCAAAAAGAGAUAUUUUGACCGCCACCGAACUGUGGAACUAUUCGCCGUCCAUCCGGCCUAUUCGCAAUCCGACUGCACCGCCUACAUGCUACAAUAG